AUGGAGAUACCAAUCAAUGAGGAGGGGUCCCAUCAAGCAGCCCAGGCCCAGAGCAUUGGCAAUGGACCAGGGGCCCAGCCAGAGUCAAUGGCAGCAGAAGCAUACACAGCCACUACCGUCCUUCCUGGCUUUAGUGCAAACCCAUGGCAGGCAAGUCCACCCCAGGUGACCCAGCCCAGGCUCCCAGCUCCAUAUCAGCACCAGGAGAAGCUCUGGAAGAGGAACGGCCUUCUCCAGGAGCUGGGCGCCUUCCAUAUCAUCAUCGCUCUGCUGCACCUGCUCAUUGGGGGUUAUUUGGCCUUUACAGUCAGGAGUCUGCACCUGGUGGUACUGAAGUCGUGGUUUCCGUUCUGGGGAGCAGCCUCUUUUCUCAUUUCAGGGAUCUUGGCAGUCACGGUGCAGAUCUUUCCCAAGACAUAUCUGAAGGUCCUAUGCCUGAUGACAAAUCUUGUCAGCCUCUUCUGCGUGCUGUCUGGCCUCUUCAUCAUCAUCAAGGAUCUCUUUCUGGAGAGCCCUUUUGAGUCCCCAAUCUGGAGAACAUACCCUAACUCCACAGUCUGGAUUCAGAGGCUGGAGCUGGCCUUGUUCUGCUUCACUUUCCUGGAGCUCUUUGUGCCAGUGGCCACCGCUGUCAUAGCCUGCAGGGAGGACCACCUGUCAGCAGAGGUGAGGCCCUUCUCCAGGUGCAAGCCCUCAAGAAGUGGGGAGUAA